AUGGCGCCCAAGAAGAAAGAACAGCAGCAGAAGAUGUCCCUCGGGGCCUUCUUGACUGACGAGAAGAUGGGCUCAUGGGCUGAUGAGAUGGAGGAUAUGCCAGUUUACUCCCGAACUGGUUAUGGCUCCGAACGACGCACAUACAACUCUGCCACAGGUGCUUACGGAAGCGGCUCUGGAGGAUAUUCCGUCCGCGAGGAACUCCCCCUUCCCGACAAGCCACCUUACACUGUUCAUCUCGGAAACCUCUCUUUUGAUGCCACCGUUGGCGAUGUCACCGACUUCUUCAUCGAGUGUGAAUGCACAAAUGUCCGAAUCAUUGAAGACAAGCUUGAAAUGAAGCCCAAGGGAUUUGGAUACGCCGAAUUUGCUUCUCUGGAGGGACUGAAGAAAUCUCUGACUCUGAACGGCGAGCAAUUCCAAGGCCGCAACAUCAGAAUUAGUGUUGCAGACCCACCCAAGGAUCGAGAAGGCCGCCCAGAUGCACGAGAAUUUGUUGACUGGAGUAGAAAGGGCCCAUUGCCAGAUCUUCCAGGCCGAGGCGGCGGUCGCCCUGAAGGCCGAGGAUUUGGAUCCGACUAUGGCGGAGAGCGCAAGGAGCGAUUUCCAGAGGGCGAUGGAAAGGUCCGUGACUUCGGAAACUGGGAGCGCAAGGGCCCCUUGUCUCCUAUGGCUCAGCCAGAGCGUGGCCCAAGAGAAGGAGGUCGCCCAAGAACCAAUGAUGGCCCACGUGGAGAAGGUUUCAGAGAGCGCAAACAAUCGCCAGCUGGAUGGGGCGAGGGUCGCCCGCAAGGCUCGCAAGAUGGAUCAAGACCACCUCGACGCGAAUUCCAGGAACGUCCCGCCGUCGACCGUACUCCCACUGCUGCUGAGCAGGACAGCCAAUGGCGAACAAAGAUGCGACCUGAUGCACCAGCCGCUAAGUCCCCAGCACCUUCUCGUGAAGGUAGUGAAGCGCCUUCAUCUCCAGCUCUUGCGGCUGCGCCAUUAAGCAGCCGACCAAAGCUGAACCUGGCGAAGCGCACAGUCUCCGAGGCUCAGGAUGUGUCCUCCCCAUCAUCUGUAGCAGGCGACUCAAAGGCCAGUCCUUUCGGUGCUGCCCGCCCUAUCGAUACAGCUGCAAAGGAGAAAGAGAUUGAAGAGAAAAAUGAGGCAGCUCAUCGUGAAAAGAAGGAAGCCGAAGAAAAAGCCAGGGAAGAAGCCAAGGAGGCUGCUGCCAAGGCAAAGGCUGCGGAGGCAGAACGAGAAAGUGCCGAGGCUAGCAAAAAGGUUGAGAUCUUACAGAGAGCCGAGGGCGACGCCGAUGAGACCAUCGAGAAGGAGAACCAGAACGGAAACAUCGUUGAAGAUAAAUCCGUCAAGCCAAAGGAGAUUGUCCGGGACAUGAAGCCAAAGCCAGCAGAUUCCGGCGCCUGGAGAAGACCUUCUGGAGGACCCCCAACAUCCCACAACCGCGACGAUAUCCCACGUGGCCCACGAGGAGGCCGAGGAGGAGGCCGUGGAAGAGGCGAUCACCGAGGCGAUCACCGAGGUGGACCAAGACAUCAUGACGACGGUAGACCACCCCGACAAAAUAGCAAUGGAAGAGCAACACCAGCAAGCCCUGCUCAGGCACCAUCUAGUGAGCCAGCCGCUGCCGAGCUCGCGGAAGACGGCUGGAGCACAGUCUCUAAGCCAAAGAAGAACAAUCGUGGGGGUAACGCAGGUUCCCGCCCAAUUGCAUCUUAG